GUAUUUCUGUGUAAAUAUGCUUGUUUACUAUCGCCCAAAUAUAAAGACCACAUGUAUUAUAAGUUUGGACAAUGUAGAGUAGUAGAGUAGCAAAAGAAUAAAUAUUACGUGUAACACGUCUCAAAAACGUUAAAACUUGGUCAUUAUUUCCAAAAUGGGUGCGUCAGUAUGCUUUGGUUCACUGCGCCCUAGGUAUUUAGGUUACAUUACUACGUGUCAGUUUGAUCUGGAGGAGGAAGGAAUUGUGUUGCAAUUCAAUGAAGUAUAUAACUGCACAUGCGCGUCAUGUGUCACAUGGUUAACCAAGACGUGCCUACCUGGACGCUGUUUAUCUUGAAUAACAAUGACAAGACACAUGCUUGCCUGUAUUACACCUGAAGUUUCAUUCAGACAUAGCCCACAUUAUUUGCUCAUGUCAAAUAACAAGCGAAACAACCAGUAAAAUGCUGAAUGCUCCACAUGAACGCAUUGGGUAUAUUUGUUCAUUGUAGAGCAACAUGACCUCAUGGAAAGGGGUGUAUACAACAGUUUCAGUCAUGUGACCUGAAAAUGUCGUCAUUAGUCUAUAUUUAACGUAAGUUGUUGCACAAUCGGAUUGUCAAUAGCGGAAAGUGUAGUCCCUAUGGCCAGUUUGCCUUCACGGAUGGGUGGACUCUGUUGUCUGGUUUAUAAGACGCAUAUACAUUAGCCCUGCGGUUGUUCAGUUGAAGUCGGAGAUAAUUUCCUCGUCUUAAGUGAAAGAGUUGGGGUGAAUACUGCACUAUGGCUGAGAUAGCGAUGGAAAGAAUAGAGGAUCAAAAUCCUGGAGCUGCUCAUGAAGAGGACCACACUACAAGGACAAACCAUCCACCACAACCAACACAACCGGUUCAACCAUCAACCUUCCAUCCACCACCACCACCACCACCACCAUCUUACCAACCUCUAAUGUCAACGCAGAUGCUGUCGGAAGCAGGUCACGAAAAUGUGACUAGUUUUGUUCUCGAGGCCGAAACAAAUAACUGCGGGAAUUCCGGGUUUCAGCGGGAACGUUGGACAUCCAAUGUAGAGUUUAUUGCGUCAGUGCUAGCAUUGAGCAUUGGUUAUGGGACAUUUAUUGCACUUCCCUAUUUGAGCAGCACAUAUUCAGUUGCCUUCAUGGCAGUCUACGCUGCCUUCUAUUUCGUCAUCGGAGUGCCCAUCCUGUACAUGGAUCUGAGCCUUGGACAAUUCAGUAGCAGAGGACCAGCCCACAUCUGGAAUUUGUGUCCACUGUUCAGAGGAAUAGGCGUUGGGAUGAUGGUUUACUCCGCCAUAUUACUUCCCGUAAUCACUUUGAUUUCAUCGUGGUCUCUGUACUACGUGGUUCAAUCGUUCUCCUCCAUGCUGCCCUGGUCGAACUGCAACAACGCAUGGAACACGCCAACAUGCUUCAAUAGUACCACAGGUGGCCCGGGUGUACAAUACUUGAACAAAAGAGUUCUACAGGUGUCUGAAUCCUCCGGAAUAGACGACAUGGGAGGUUUCCAGUGGGAGCUAGUUGGCUGUUGUGCUGGAUUGUCAGUUUUAGUCUUCUUUGCUUUGUUUUGGGGAGUAAAGGUUCUUGGGAAGGUUUUCUGCAUCACCAUGUCACUGAUGUCUGUAUUGGCACUGGUUCUGUUCAUCAAAGCAAUGACGCUUCCUGGAUCCUCAGAUGGAUUAGCAUAUCUUUUUACACUGAACUUUCGAGCAGAUCUUACAAGUAAACAUAUGUGGAUCGGGGCCUUCUUACGGGCCAUGUUCGCUGUUGGCAUAACAUCGGGUCUCGUUAACAAUCUUGCAAGCUACAGACACUUCAAAUCCUCUGCGUUAAGGGACUCCGUUAUAAUAUGCAGUGUCGGUGCUGUUGGUCGUUUGCUCGCAGCCUUGAUGAUGAUGAGCCUCACCGGGGCUCUGGCCAACACAAAACACUCGUCGAUAUACAAUGUCGAAACUGCAGGCAUAAGAAGCGCAUUUGAGUAUAUCCCGGAGCUGUUUCCUCAUCUCCCUGCGUCCCAGUUCUGGAGUUUUGCUUACUUCUGCAUUCUUCUUCUUGUCGGGUUGAAUUCUCAGUUUGUAUAUGCAGACAUGAUCAUCACAGCUGUAGUUGACAGCCUGCCACGCCGAUCUCGCAUGAUAAGAAUCGUGGUUACUGUGGUUACCUGCAUUGCAACCCUCUUGCUGACGCUUCCAUAUUUGGCUAAAGGAGGGGUUAUUUUGAUCUGGCUGGUUGACUAUUACAUAAGUUAUGUGUCAAUCUAUGUUCAUGGUAUCCUACAGUUCCUUACAGUUGGAUGGAUUUAUGGCAUGGGUCGGCUGGGCAGAGAUAUUGAGAUGAUGACUGGCACUCCACCUCCGAUAGUCAUCAAGUUUAUCUGGUGUUUCAUCCUUCCGCCCGUCUUGCUGAUUUUCCUGGUGUUAUUCUUCAUCGAUUACACCCCUCCAAAUUACACUUUGGAUUCAAGGGCGAUCGACUAUCCAGUGUGGGCCCACGUACUGGGGUGGUUCAUAGCACUGGUUCCACUGGCACCAUUACCCGUGUUUGCAUUCCUGGCUCUUGUCACUUCGUCUCAGCAUUUCUUAAGCCCGCGACCAGAAUGGGGACCGGCUGAAGAUAGCUACAAGAGGCAAUAUGACAGUCAGCGCCAGUACAAUGUAACACUGACUGAGAGAAUCACUUCAAUAUUCACGAACUGAUGUCACCGUACCGUGUCUCCCUUAGCUUCAUUAAAGACAAGGCGCACAAAAAAGCAAUAGAUCAAACUUCAAGAAUUUGUAAUUCUAAAUUAAACCUAUGAUUUUUUUUAAUGCAUAUACUUGUUAUGUUCAACAUUAUCAGUAAAUGUCGCGUCACUGGAUUGCCUUUUCUCUUGGUUGUCUACUUAAAACGCAGUUGUUUAAAGGUCCAGUGUUACUGUGCUCUCCCUGGCAUCAAAACAAUAUGAACAUUACAAAUUGUGCGAGCGGCAUUUGCUACCGGUAAGCAUGACAUGUGUACCCUUUUCGUGAAUACCUGAUGCUAUAACUGAGUUUUUGGUGAUCUAUUUGCAUUGUCGCCGUUUAAGACAAAUAUGAUAUAAUAAUAAUAAUAAUAAUAAUAAUAAUAAUAAUAAUAAGUCCAUUUAUAUAGCGCCCUAUAUCCAAUCACCAAGUGGUUGCUCAUGGCACUGACAUAUAUACAUAUUUACAACAGGAGUUCAUUUAUAUGUCAUAGUGCUUCUUGAACAGGAAAGUUUUUAAGUUAGAAUGCAAGCUGGCUAUUGAGGGGGGAUUCUUUGAGAGACACAUGCAGAUUGUUCCAGAGGAUAGCUGACAAGUAGGAACAACGUCGAUGUCCGUAUGUCUUCAGACCUGCAUUUGGGACGAUGAGCAGUAACUGAUGGCUGAUCAAAGAGUCCUAGUUGGAACGUACCCUCUGACAAGACUAGAGAGAUAGGAUGGAGCUGCAUUGUUAAGACAUCUAUACGUCAUGUUAAGUAUCUUGUAUUCUAUCCUGGCUGGGAGUGGUAACCAGUGCAGACGCAUGAGGAUUGGGGAGAUGUGGCUGUGCUUGGUGGUUCUGCAGAUCAAUCUGGCAGCUGCAUUUUGGACUUUUUGCAAUCUGGAGAGCAGGUCUUUGUUCAUGUUCCCAAGCAAACUGUUGCUGUAUUCCAAGCGGGACAACACCAUAGAUCUUACAAGAUGGUGUGUUGCGUCAGCUGUUAAUAGGUGGCGUAUGCUGGAGAUAUUCCUCAUGUGGUGAUAACAGAUCUUACAUACGUUACUGACGUGUGGCUCCAUCGUAAGUGUGGAGUCGAUCAGGACACCCAGGUUUUUGACUGUUGGACUCACAGAGAUCCGAGAUUCGCCUAUCAUAAGUGAAUUCACACUCAGUUUAGGUCAGUUGACUGGUGAACAAGCCAUGAGAAUGUCUGUUUUUUAUCGUUUAGUUUGAGUUUACUUUGAGUCAUCCAUGUCUUCACAUACCCUACACACACUUCAACUUCUGCAACUUGUGAUUUUGCAUCAUUAACAUUGAGUUUUCUUAAGAGUUGAGUACCAUCAGCAUAACAAUGAUGUAAGAUUUUAUGCCGAGUUAUAAGGUCCCCAAGACUACUGGUGUAGAGAGUGAAUAUCAUCGGUCCCAAUACGGAACCUUGCGGAACACCACAAGAAAGGCUGCGUGUCUGAGAUCUAAUAUUUUGGAUGAGCACAAACUGAGAUCGAUCAGAUAGAUAUGAGGAAAACCAUUAUAGAACAGAGUAGCCUAAUCCAAAACGGUUUUGUAGACAAUCAAGAAGAUGUUUGUGAUCUAUCGCAUCGAACGCUGCCGAUAAAUCAAGAAGGACAAGUUCACAAGCCUGGUCAGAGUCUACCGCUCCACGUAGCGUGUUCAUCACAUGAAGUAAAGUUGUUUCAGUGCUGUGAUUGCUCCGAUACGCUGACUGGAAUUCAUCAUAUAGACUGUGGUUUUUCAAAUGAGCAGUAAGGCGAGUCUUUACAGCCUUUUCCAGCACCUUGGACACAAAGGAUAGAUUUGAGACGGGUCGGUAAUUGGCCAAAUCAUCAGUGUCAAGGCUUGCUUUCUUCAAUAAAGGCUUCACAGUAGCUUGCUUCAGGCAUGCUGGAACGUGUCCUGAGACCAAGCUGAGAUUUACGAUCUGUGUAAUGACCGGAAGGAGAACAUUCACAAACUCUAGCAUGAAUCUGGUAGGGAUGGGAUCCAUCACACAGAAGGUUGAUUUUGAAGCUACUAUCAGUUUCUUUACCUCUUCCUAACUGCAUACAU